UCACACAAUUCAGUGACAUGUUUUUAUGCAUACCGUUCACAUGUAUUUUUAAAGCCUGUUUUUGAACAGUUUAGUGGUGUGAAAGACACAAACUACCUCGGAAAAUCUAGGACUAAAUUUUUUUCCAACAAGGCCGCCAACAACAAUAGAAGGAACAUGUUAUAAAAUGGCUGGGUUAAAUAAUGAGACAGUUGAAGAAAAUGCCACCGAAAACACAACGGAGGUGGUCCCUGAGAUGUAUCACCACUUAACCCUCUAUAUCGGUGUCAGCGUGGGUGCUGGGAUUGCAGUCUGCCUCAUCAUUAUUCUCGCCAUCGUCUGUUACAAACGCAGGCUUCACAUUCGGUAUGGCGGAGACAGAAGAUCCAGUUCGAGACGACUGUUUCUACGUGGAUUUAGCACUGUUUCCCAGCGUGGUGUUAUAGACAGUACUGCAGAGUUCGAAAUUUCCAACAUACAUGGGGGAACCAGCGUAUCAAGUAGUGUUGAUAAUAGACCAACUUCCGGUGGUUCAAAAUCUGGACAGUUGCCUAAGAAACCUUUGAGAAAAAAGACUCGGACCUCAUCUUCGGCUGUGCGUUACGAGAAUGUGGCCGUUGACCCCAAAUGUGGUAUUGUGGUUAAAAGCACUAGUUUGGAAUCGGAUAUACCGUACAUGGACCGAACUUUAGAGAGCAGGUUGUCGUUCGAUGGUGAACUGCAUGACGAGGUGUUUGAAUAAAUGAAGUUCUAUGGUCAUGUAGACUGAUGUGAUGUAUGAUUUAUCGUUGUAAUUCCAAUACAGAUGUUAUAAUAAGAACAUGCGGAUCAUACUGUCCGCAAAAGACAGUUCAACCACGACAAAGCGUUUGCAAAACCACACACUAGAUUAGUUAAAUAUUCUUGUGAAUAUAAUGAUUGACGCAAUUAGA